AUGGCUCCCACACCCACACAGUACAAACUCAUCUUCCGCGUCCCCCCCUCCCACCUCGAAGUCUGCAAACAGGCCAUCUUCGCCGUCGGCGCCGGCGCCUACCCCGGCGGCAUGUACGCCGACUGCUGCUUCGAAGUCCUGGGCAUGGACCAAUUCCGACCCACCGACAAAGCGAGCCCGUUCAUCGGACAACCGGGCCAACUGGAGCGCGUGGCAGAGUAUCGGGUGGAAACGCUCUGUGUGGGUGAGAGUGUCAUGCGCGAGUCUGUCAAGGCCUUGCGGAGGGUGCAUCCGUAUGAGCAGAUUGUGAUUGAAGUGGUGAAGUUGGUGGAUAUUGAUGGCGGGGAAUUUUGGUGA